AAUCUAGAACCUUUUUCCACUAUAAAGAACAUUUGGAAAUAGAAAAUGGAAUGGAAAGGUUCCAUUGAUGACAAAAAAGAACCUUUAUUUUUAAGAGUGUAUACAGUAUGAUGUUUGAGUGUUCACUGCCUUGCAAACACUAAUGAACUCGCUUACAAUGAAAUCUGAGAGCAGGGCCUUAGACCUUGAUCAUUUCCUGACCUGCGUUUAACACAGAGGCCAUGGAACUGAAUUUAGCUCCACUUAAUACUCCAUUUUAGAUGAGAUAAAGGACAUGAAACUGUCCAAAGCGACACUGAAUGCACAGCAGGUGUCUUUUAUCUGUUCAUGCUGACCUGACAAAUUUAAAUAGUUGUUACAUGAGAAUGGAAACACAUAAUCCACUUGAGAUCAGAGUGAUUAAUUUAAGGUCAGAUUUUAGUUUAAUUGUUGGUUACCGCUUACAGUAUAUAAAUGUAGCCAGAUGCUCUGUGUCUGAACACAUCUAACAGCCUGCUGAGCAACGGGGACACCUGUCAAGAUGUUAGUUGUUCGAAACAACAUCCUCCUUCUCCUAUUCUGUUUAGUUGUUCUACUAGUCUCUGCUCAAAGCUCUUUUCUUCCACCAUGUGAGCCAGUUAAUGAGACUGUCGCCGUGGAAAAAGAGGGCUGUCCAAAAUGUCUGGUGUUUCAGACCACCAUCUGCAGUGGCCACUGCCUGACAAAGGAGCCUGUAUACAAGAGCCCAUUUUCCACUGUCUACCAACACGUGUGCACUUACCGGGACGUCCGCUACGAGACAGUCCGCUUGCCAGACUGUCCUCCCGGGGUGGAUCCCCAUAUCACCUACCCGGUGGCUCUCAGCUGCGACUGCAGCCUCUGCACCAUGGACACGUCCGACUGUACCAUCGAAAGCCUGCAGCCCGAUUACUGCAUGUCUCAGAGGGAGGAUUUCCCUGUGUACUAGCCUACAGGAGUACUGUCCUGUCAUCAAACUGUCACAUAGAUGUAUAUCAAUAAAAAAAGUACAUAGCCUACUUCAUACUUCAUUUUCUAUGCUAAAGUCAAACCAUUUUUAUUCUGCAUAAUCUAAAUGAGCAGAUGGCAUGGCUAAAUGGUUGUAAGUUAUCAUUGGAAAAUCAUCAGCCAAUGAACAGAAAGAAGAGCAAGUUGGGUACACACAUGUACAAUAGGAAGAAAAUUCUGCAAAUGAACUAUUGACUGAAGCUUGAUAAAUAAAGUCUGUCUUUGACUCUACCCUGCACCUCUUUUGCACUUGAAAUAUAAAGAGACACAAAAUAAAUAAAAUAAAACCAUACAAAGAAAGGCCUAUGCAUUCUGCUGAUGAAAAGCAUUGCUCUCCAUUGAAGGCCAUUCAGAAGUGAUAUGC